AUGCCCGACGCCGAAUUGGACGAUCGCGACUGCCUCACGCGCUUCGCCGCGCACCACCGCGACGUGUUCAACAAGGAGAUUUUGUCCAAGAUGAAGACGCCGCGUCGCGCGUGCCCGUGCGGGCGCGCGAACGAAGUGCCCAGUUGCAGAAUUCACUACGCCGUUUUGCGGUGCGUGAACCGCACGUUCAGGAAGUUGCUGCCGCCGUACGAGGAGGUGAUGGCGAAGAAGAACGAACUGCUCGUGUGGGAUCGCGUCACGGGUAGACCAGGGGUUUCGAAAAGCGAAUUACAACGUUACGUCUGCAUGCACGCCGCGCCGAAAUUGAUGGAAAAGACGAUUCGCGCGCGCGACGAGGCGGGCGACAGGCUGUGGUGGGCGGUGAAAGAAACACUCGAUGAUAUGGCCGCAGGUCGAGAUAACCCUAAGUAUGAGUGCGAGGUGUGCGGGAAGUUCGUAUGCGUCUUCUGUGGCGCGGCUUGUGCGUGUCCAGAAUGCAACGACGUGCGAACGUGCCGAGAAUGUGCCGAGACGUAUGAAAACUUUACGUUCUGCAAGUCUUGCAAAAUCGCGUACUGCAACGAUGGCGAUGAGUACGACGAUGAAAGUAAUUGUGACAAAGACAUAGUAUACUGCUCAGAAUGCGAUAGAUUCCGUUGCUCGGACGAUUGUCAGAACGACCUGAUGUUCUGCGAAAUAUGUUCCGACGCGGACCCAUUUUGCUUGGACUGCACAUGGCGCCAUCAUGUCAAUUGUGACGGGUGCGGUGGACAUCUCAUGUGUGAAGGACACAACGAGGUCGAUGAAUAUCUAACAUACGUGGGCGACGACGACGAUCAACCAGAAGGGUACUGGUAUCUGUGCGAUAGUUGUCUGAAUCCACGCCCGUGGAAGCCGCCGAUCGAGAAACCUCCACGAAAGGCGCCGAUCAAGAAACCGAGAAGCCCAAGCGUUUCGCCUCGCAUGUCGUUCUCAAGCUGCACGGACGACAUCGACUGA